AGGCGGAGACUGCCGAGGCUGCAGCCCGGCCGGCUCCGAGGCGAGGGGCUGCAUGGAGCGGCCGGCGCGGCUCUGCGGGCUGUGGGCGCUGCUGCUCUGCGCCGGCGGCGGGGGGGGCGCCGCGCCCACGGAGACUCAGCCACCUGUGACGAAUUUGAGUGUUUCUGUUGAAAACCUCUGCACGGUCAUAUGGACAUGGAAUCCUCCUGAGGGAGUCAGCCCAAAUUGUAGUCUAUCAUAUUUUAGCCAUUUUGGCAACAAACAGGGUAAGAAAAUUGCUCCAGAAACUCAUCGUUCAAAAGAAGUGCCCCUGAACGAGAGGAUUUGUCUGCAAGUGGGGUCCCAGUGUACCACCAAUGAAAGUGACAAUCCUAGCAUUUUGGUAGAAAAGUGCAUCUCGCCCCCUGAAGGUGAUCCUGAGUCGGCUGUGACUGAGCUCCAAUGCAUUUGGCACAACCUGAGCUACAUGAAGUGUACUUGGCUCCCUGGAAGGAAUACAAGUCCUGACACUAACUAUACUCUCUACUAUUGGCACAGCAACCUGGGAAAAAUUCUGCAAUGUGAAAACAUCUAUAGAGAAGGUCAACACAUUGGUUGUUCCUUUGCUCUGACUGAAGUGAAGGAUUCCACUUCAGAACAACACAGUGUCCAAAUAAUGGUGAAGGAUAAUGCAGGAAAAAUUAGACCAUUCUUCAAUAUAGUGCCUUUAACUUCUCAUGUGAAACCUGAUCCUCCACAUAUUAAAAAACUCUUCUUCCAAAAUGGUGACUUAUAUGUGCAAUGGAAGAAUCCACAGAAUUUUGAGAGCAGAUGCCUAUCUUAUCAAGUAGAAGUCAAUAACAGCCAAACUGAGACGCAUGACAUUUUUUCUGUUGAAGAGGGCAAAUGUCAGAAUUCAGAAUUUGAGGAAAACCUGGAGGGUACAAUUUGUUUCAUGGUCCCUGGUGUUCUUCCUGAUACUUUGAACACAGUCAGAAUAAGAGUCAGAACAAAUAAAUUCUGCUAUGAGGAUGAUAAACUCUGGAGUAAUUGGAGUCAAGCAAUGAGUAUAGGUAAGAAGGCAGAUCCCACAUUCUACAUAGCCAUGUUACUCAUCAUUCCAGUCAUUGUCGCAGGUGCAAUCAUAGUCCUGCUGCUUUACCUGAAAAGGCUCAAGAUCAUUAUAUUUCCUCCAAUUCCUGAUCCUGGCAAGAUUUUUAAAGAAAUGUUUGGAGACCAGAAUGAUGAUACCCUGCAUUGGAAGAAGUAUGACAUCUAUGAGAAGCAAACCAAAGAAGAAACUGACUCUGUAGUGCUGAUAGAAAACCUGAAGAGAGCCUCUCAGUGAUGGGGAUAAUUUAUUUUAGCCUUCAAUGUGACCUUGCAAAGAUUCAUCCCAUUCUCCAUUUGUUAUCUGGGAACUUGUUAAAUGGAAACGGAAACUACUGGACCAUUUAAAAAUAGGCAGCUCAUAAGAGCCACAGGUCUUUAGGUUGAGUCGUGUACCGAAAAACUAAAAAUAAUGAGCCCUUUGGAGAAGAGAGUGGAGUCAUUCUCAUUGAAUUAUGAAAGAUAUCUAUCUUUUGUGAAGGCUUCAAACUAGGAGACAAAGCAAAAAGUGAUGAUUGCAGUAGAGUUAAUCUUAUCAAGAGUUGUGACAACUUCCCGAGGGAUCUAUGCCUGCUUUGUAUUCUUUGUGUCAAACAAUAUGAACAAAUUUAAUUUGUGGGGGAACUCAUUUUGGGCGCAAAUGCUAAUGUCAAACUUGAAUCACAGAGAACAUCUAGCAAACAAAAUUGAUAAAAUCUACUGUCUGUUGUUUGGGAUCCCACUGAGUAAUGUUUGUGGCUAUUAAAACUUUUAACAGUCUGGAAUCAGCAUCCCCUUCAGCAGCAUUUUCUUCUGCUUUGAAAGGCCCAGGCAUCGCUUUUGGCCCUGAUGAUGACAGCUACAGAAAAAACAGAGGCGACUUCUUUACCAAGAACUUUCAAAGCCAUUGCAGGCUUUUAAGGGCAGUGGAGGCAGAAUGACUUCUUGGGUAUUAGAGUUUGAACCAUGCAGUCUCUAAUGAUGUAUUGUUUUUUCUUCACCUCUGCUAGUCGGAUCAGGUAUUUACCAUGUGUCCAGAUUGUGCUAGGCCCCCAGGUAUGAGGCACGGACUCCCUCAAAGAGCUGACAAUCUAGUUGGGAUUCCUCAGUUCUUACCACUUUCUUUUUCUCCACCAGUCAUUUUUCAGACCUUUCAACUUCCUAAUUCCCACACUGACUUCCCCUUUUGCAUUUUCCCUCAUUCCCUUCAUUUUAGUCUUUCCCCUUUCAUUAGAAAUUAGAAUAUAAAUCUUCUCAGAACACCUAGAGGAGCAGGGAGUAAUUUGCAUCUCAGGUAAAGUGUGAGUAGACUGAGAAAGAAUGACUAAUUCUUGCAUAUUUUGUAACUUCUGUGUGAGUCUGAAUUUAUUUGAAGGCUUUCAUCAUUUACUAUUUCUCUAUGCAUUUUCUAAACAGAAAGGAGGUAUUAUCUUCACCUAGAACUUUGCUAUUUGCUUGAGAAAAAAAGAAUAAUUGUAUCUUUUUCUCUUUCUUAAUAACACAGGCUCUAGGAUUCCUCUUUGCCCUUACCGCCACAAAUGGUUAUUAAUAGGUUUCAUGUCUUAUAUUGAUAGCAGCAUCCAAGGCUCCAACAUUGUAUUCAUAUUUUUUUUGCAUACAUUAGGGUUCCAUUCUCACCCAUCCCCACAACAUAUCCAUGUAUAUAUUCCCUCUGCUCCUCCUACUUACUCCAAAUUUAAAGAAGUAUGGAAAUGAGAAGCCCCCUUCAGUGUUUCUCUCCUCACACACACAGACUCAGAUAACUGGUAGGAUCUUGAGAACUUUAUCUCACAAGUUCUCCAAACAUUCACUCAUUCAUAUUAGUAAGAUGAUACUACUUGCAAUUCCUGCUCUUAGGGGAGGAAAGACCAGAGAUCCCUGCUCUCUACAGGUUUGGGCAAAAGCAGCAACCUGCUUGCACUGCAGUGGAGGAACACUGUGCCCUGGCUUUUCUGAGGAAAUUGGGGUUUGCAGCGAUGGUAGAUGUCAAGGUGUUUCCUCUCUGUGCUUUUAUUUUUGAGGUCAGAUUGAGGCUGGGAGACAGGCAUGGAUGUUCCACUUUGUCCUACUGUUCUCUAGAAAGAAUAUUUGAUUUUCCUGUAUAGGAAUGAGAUUACUUCCUAGCCAGGUCUCUUAUAAUUUUGGGAAGCAAAACACCUAAAUGCCUCACCCAAAGCCAUUUUUCUUGUUAUACUAUUCAGAUGGCAAUGAGGGGAUGCUUUGAUAUUCUGAUUACCCAAGGAACUACUGAUGCCGACAGUCAUGCAUCCUGGGAGCGGAGAAAUUGUAUUUUGUUUCCAUCCUCUUAGCAGUAGAAUAGUUGAGGGAAAAGGGGGCAGUGAAUUACGGAAGUAACUAUGGUUGUUUUAUAAUUGCUGAAAAGUGAUCCCCAGGUCUUGGGAACUCUUGGAGACUUUAAUACAUCAGUGGGAUUUCCAUCACGUGUGGGAAACUAGUACUUACUAUUUUAUGUCUAACCUAUAUGGAUUUUUUUUCUCUACAUACCUAAGUAAACUCACUGUAAGAACAGUCAUUCUUAUUCUUUCAUUCAGAUAACUUUUUUCUUCAUCUGGGCACUGAAGGGAUUUGUGAAAAAAUGUUAAGAACAUUUUUCGUAAUGCCAAAAAUUGUUUAACUUCUUAUAGGAAAGCUUGAGUAAAAUAAAUAUUGUCUUUUUGUAUGUCA